CUUUUUCCGACUAGGUCUUGACUUUCUAACAGGUAGAGACCUAUAUUUCCUGGAACUGAGUUUGGGACAAUUGCCGUCCUCCUGAAAAUGGAGCAGGUCCCAGGCAUACAGGGCGGCCUCCCGCCUUUAGCCCUCUACCCGGAACCAACCGUCAAAGCCAGCCUGCCGGCCGCUGAGUGGGAAGCCUGCCUCGACUCAUGGCUGCUCAGCCUGGAGUUUCGCCUCCGACUGCCAGACAAACUUUUCUCCAAGUUCAGCUUCGGCCAGGACGUCAGUGGUGUGGCUUUUCUCGCAUCGUUUCUCAGGUCAACUCGGACGGAGAACGUGACACAACCAUCGAGCUUGCAGAAGGAAAGACUGCUGCUGAAGCGCGCAUAUCUACUCCUGAGGCGACUCCUGCUCGUCAUGGACGCGCCUUUCGACUACGACACAGCGAACCUCAUUGAGCUGCUGUGUCAGGCAAGCAUGCAGUAUGCAACCGUGUCGGACUGGAGGACGACGCUGAAGACACUCUGGAAGAGAGAUCACUCCCAAAUGACGAACGCAGUGGAGGCCUGGAAAAAGUCCGCCUCAGCAGAUCUUUCGGCACAGCCCGGCUCAGGAGCGCUUGCGAGUCAACUGCGUGAGAUGAAUGCCUUUGUCAAGGUCUCCGCGGACGCAGGCCUCGUUCUCAUGACAGGUUCAGAUUACCUCGAAACGCUGAUGGAGGCCUACGGUCGGCUGCAGACGGUACCUGAUACAGGCUUGUCUCAGAGAAUACUGACCGAGCACAUCUUCUAUUGCCUGCGCAGUCUUAUGUCCGACGGUACUUCCCAUGGAUCGCUCCUGCUAGAUCACCUUUACUUCAUGAAGUCAGAGGCCGAUCGACUCAUGAAGGCAAAACCCAACGAGCCAACAUUGUCGUCAAGCCUGGUCUGCAGUACAUCUUUCCUAAGGCACCUCGCAUCAGACUCUCCUGUAACUUCCAGUUGGCGAGGUCAGGGACUGCUAGAAUCACUCAGCACCUAUCGACAAAAUACUGCGCAUUUACACCCUCUAGUCAGCCCGAGAAGACGAAAGGUUGCGAAAGGCAAAGGCAAGGCUGAUGUGAACGAAGAGAUGCACAUUCAUAAAGCCUCCCAGAUAUCACAAGUGCACGACCUCUUUCCAGAUCUUUCCAACCAGUAUAUCCUCAAGCUUCUCGACUAUUUCCAUGAUGACACGGAGGCCGUGGUGGCCGCGCUACUAGAGCCUGAUUCUCUCCCAGCUGGACUCCAUGAUCAAGGGGUGUUCGAAGGACCUGAUCUCGACAUUGCGGGACCACCGCAUGAUCUUGCGCCACAUUCGACACCUCCCCUUCUUCCAGAGAGGAGGAACAUAUUUGAUGGAGAUGACUUGGACAAGCUUCGGAUAUCUACAGGUCGACUGCACAGAGGGCGGAAAGACGUCGGGAUUGACCACGCCGAAACGGAGCAUGAGCAUACACAGCGAAAAGCGGCAAUUCUGUCGGCGUUGGCGGCGUUUGACUCGGACGAUGAUGAGCGGGACGACACUUACGAUAUUGCAGACGUAGGUGGAACAGUGGAUUCCACCCUCGACACUGACACUAGGCCGCAACCAGAAAGAGUUCCUGAGCAGAAUCCCCACGAGGAGAAAUUGUUCCGAGCGUGGAAAGGCAACCAGGAGCUAUUCGCACGCGACAGCAAGACCCGGAUAUCCAAGGUACGACAAGAUCUGAAACGCGAGACGGAAAUGAGUGAUGAACAACUGGAAGGAUGGGCUAUCAUGCUGAAGAAAGACCCUAAACUGCAAGAUCGCCUGGAAAAGAAGUACUCGGGGACGCAGACUUUCCGAGGAAAUCAAGUUUCACUUGCUUCGACACGAUGGCAGUGGGACAACACCCCUGAGGCUAGCGAGGGAGAGGGUGAGGCUGGAGGCCGACGGAUACAGCAGGCGCAGAUCAGGGGAAACCGCACAUGGGGACGUGGUCGUGGCGGUGGUGGGAAUACUGCCGGCCCCAGUGGUGACGCAGCAACCCAGGCUGCCAGGAAGCGAAAAGAGCAAGGCAGGGGCAGGGGCGGAGCGAGCCACAACAGACGCGAAGGAAGAGCCCGAAAGAUGGGUAGAGGUAUGGGUGGAGGUGCGGUACAACAGUAGAGAUAGGAAAGGAGAGGCGUAUAGCCUCUAUAUACAGAAUGACAAGUUCCCCAGCCUUG